AUGGGUGGUUUAAUCGAUCUGAACGUGAUGGAAACGGAGGAGGACGAAACGCCGUCUACAGCUUCCGGGUCAAUCUCGCCUUCAUCGUCGUCCUCAGCAUCCGCGACCGCGUCUGCGUCUGCGGUGAGUGGGUCUUCGUCUUCAAGCUCCUCUGGGGUAUGCCUGGAGCUGUGGCAUGCUUGUGCUGGACCCCUCAUCUCUCUCCCGAAAAGAGGAAGCCGUGUCUUGUAUUUCCCUCAGGGACAUUUGGAACAAGCCCCCGAUUUCUCCGCCGCGAUUUACGGGCUCCCUCCUCACGUGUUCUGUCGUAUUCUCGAUGUCAAGCUUCACGCAGAGACAACUACAGAUGAAGUGUAUGCUCAAGUCUCUCUUCUUCCUGAGUCCGAGGACAUUGAGAGGAAGGUCCGUGAGGGAAUGAUAGAUGUUGAUGGUGGAGAGGAAGACUAUGAAGUCCUCAAGAGAUCAAAUACUCCUCACAUGUUCUGCAAAACACUCACUGCUUCUGAUACUAGCACACAUGGAGGCUUCUCUGUUCCUCGCCGAGCAGCUGAGGAUUGCUUCCCUCCUCUGGACUAUAGCCAGCCCCGGCCUUCUCAGGAGCUUCUUGCUAGAGAUCUUCAUGGCCUUGAGUGGCGAUUUCGCCACAUUUAUCGAGGGCAACCAAGGAGGCAUUUGCUCACUACUGGGUGGAGUGCGUUUGUGAACAAGAAGAAGCUUGUCUCUGGAGAUGCUGUUCUUUUCCUCAGAGGUGAUGAUGGCAAACUUCGACUGGGAGUGAGAAGAGCUGCUCAAAUCGAAGGCGCUUCUGCUUUCUCGUCUCCGUAUAAUAAUCAGAACAUGAACCACAACAAUUUCGCUGAAGUAGCUCAUGCCAUAUCUUCUCAUAGCGUUUUCAGCAUUUACUACAACCCCAAGGCAAGCUGGUCAAACUUCAUAAUCCCUGCACCAAAGUUCUUGAAGAUUGUUGACUAUCCAUUUUGUAUCGGUAUGAGGUUCAAAGCGAGGGUUGAGUCUGAAGAUGCCUCUGAGAGAAGAUCCCCUGGGAUUAUAACAGGAAUCAGCGACUUGGAUCCUAUCAGGUGGCCUGGUUCCAAAUGGAGAUGCCUUUUGGUAAGGUGGGACGACAUUGAGGCAAACGGGCGUCAACAGCGAGUCUCACCAUGGGAGAUAGAACCAUCUGGAUCAAUCUCAAACUCAGGCAGCUUCAUAACAACUGGUCCCAAGAGAAGCAGGAUUGGCUUUUCCUCAGGAAAGCCUGACAUUCCUGUCUCGGAAGGGAUUCGAGCCACAGACUUUGAGGAAUCAUUGAGAUUCCAGAGGGUCUUGCAAGGUCAAGAAAUUUUUCCGGGUUACAUCAACACAUCUUCGGAUGCUGGUGCCGGUGCAAGGAGAGGACGUUUCAAAGGAACGGACUUUAGUGACUCUUAUGGUUUCCAUAAGGUCUUGCAAGGUCAAGAAACUGUUCCCUCCUACUCGGUGACCGAUCAUCAUCAUCAUCGGUCUCAAGGGUUGAGCCAGAGGAACAUUUGGUGUGGUCCGUUUCAGAACUUUAGCACCAGAAUCCACCAACCAUCUUCGGUUCACGUUUCAUCAUCGCCGUCUUCCGUCUUGAUGACCAACUCUAGCGAUCCUAAUCAUCACGGAGGUUCAGGGAGGUGCAGGCUGUUUGGUUUCCCAUUGACAGAUGAGACAACGGCGGUUGGGUCUGGAGCAGUUGUGCCUUGUGUUGAAGGGCAAAAUGGGAGUUCAAUGAAAGGUGGUGCUGGUGUUGUUCAGAGCGGUCAUCAUCAUGCACAGGGAAGGGACAUAUAUACCAUGAGAGAUAUGUUGCUAGACAUUGCUCUCUAG